UGCGCCCCCUCAGAGGUGAAGAGUGUUCCAGUUCAGACUGUAAACUGUCUUUGGUUCAAGGUUUGGUUUCGGUGACAGUGCUCCGCUCUAUCGGGUUUUGAGAGCCUGGAAUACGGGUUACUGAGGCGGAAAGCCGCGUUGUAGAGAGCCAAGAUGAUGAAUAUGUGGAAAGUCCGGGAAUUGGUUGAUAAAGCAACCAAUGUGGUGAUGAACUACUCGGAGGUGGAGACGAAGGUGAGGGAGGCCACCAACGACGACCCCUGGGGACCUUCAGGACAGCAGAUGGCAGAUAUUUCCAGAUGUACGUUUAUGUAUGAGCAGUUUCCAGAGGCGAUGAACAUGCUGUGGAUCAGGAUGCUCCGGGAGAACAAGAAGAACUGGAGAAGGGUCUACAAGUCUCUGCUGCUGUUGUCCCACCUCAUUAGGAACGGUUCAGAGAGAGUUGUCACCAGCUCCAGAGAACACAUCUACGACCUACGAUCUCUGGAGAGCUACCACUUUGUAGAUGAGAACGGUAAGGACCAGGGAGUGAACGUGCGUCAGAAGGUGAAGGACAUGGUGGAUCUGAUCCAGGAUGAUGAUAGACUGAGAGAGGAGAGGAAGAAGGCAAAGAAGAACAAAGACAAAUACAUCGGCGUGUCCUCUGACAGUACGGGGGGAGGAUUCAGCAGAUACACGAGUGACCGGUAUGAUUCUGGUGGUAAUGAGGGAAGCAGCAGAGGGAAGUGGGAUGAGGACUGGAAGAGAGACCAAGGCCAGUUUCCCUUCAGUGAGAAACUGGGAGAGAUCAGUGAUAAGAUUGGCAGCACCAUCGACGACACCAUCAACAAGUUCAAGAAGCAGAGCAGAGAUGACUCACCAGACAGAUUCAGUGACAACGAGGAGGAGCGAAGUCGCCCGUCGCAGAAUGGCCAGUCUGGGAGGUCAGUGUUCAAAGACGAGGAGGAAACCGUGACGACCAAGAGCGUCCAGAUCGCCCAGGCAACAGAAACCACAGCAACCAAGAAGAGAGGCGGGGUUCCAUCCAAAACUGUGUCCCUGGGAGCCGCGGCCCACUACACAGGAGACAAGAGCCCUGAUACCUCUGCAAAACAGACUCUGUCCGCAGCAGCACCCCAGUCCUCCAGUAGUGGUCUGGCUGACCUAUUGAUGGUAGAUACAGGACCCAGCCAGCCUGCAGCAGCCACCGACCUGAUAGGAGGAUUUGCUGACUUCUCGUCUCCUGCUGCCUCUGUCGGCCUCUCCACAGUACCUGCCUCCAGUGGGAACGGUGACUUUGGGGACUGGAAUGCUUUCCCUGGCGGCCAGGCCCCCGUCCCCACCCCCUUCGCCCAGCCUCUGCCCCCCAGCAACACUGACCUGUUUGGGGCUCUGUCGGCCAGCUCUGCACCAGCUCCAGCUUCCGCUGACCUGUUUGACCUGAUGGGCCCGGGCCAGACCCAGUCGCUCUCUGCCUCUCAGAGCCUCACCUUUAAUAUGACCAACACACAGACCAUCAGCAGCACCAUGCCACAGUCCAGAUCACUGUUGAUGGGUGGGCCGUUGCAGCCCCAGCAGCAGCAAGUCAUGCUGGGUACCCAGGGUUCCAUGGGGUCAGCAAUCCCCUCCACCUGGUCUGACUCUUCGGUCAACAUCAGCCUGGACUUCCUGGCACCUGGCGUGCAGCCCCCCAAACCUGUCCAGCCCACCCUCAACACACUCCAAGGAGGCCAGCCCCUCCCACCCGUCAACAUGCUCUCCCAGGGAUUCGCCGGCAUGGGCCUCGCACCCGCCCCCAUCAGACCGGCAACAACUCCCAUGAUGCACCCUGGUGCUGGGAUGGGCAUGGGCCACAGCCAGGGCAUGAUGGGAAUGGGCAUGAACAUGGGUGCCAUGCCCCAGGCUAACAUGACCAUGGGCAUGCCUGGUGCUAUGGGCAUCAGGAUGCCAGCCAUGUCUAUGGGCUCUGGCACGGUACAGCAGCAGCCCAAGCAAGGAUCGGGCGCAUUCGCAGAUUUCUGCAACUUCAGGAAGUGAGGGAAGAGAAGUGAAAGAGAGGAGGAGGGCUGUUGUUUCUAUUUUUCUCUCCAUCAAUCGACCGUCUGUGAAGGAUUGUAAAGAGCUGCAAACAAAGAGUACUUGAAUGUUGUCAAAUAUCAAAUACUGACUGCCACCCCUCCAUUUCCUCUUUCUAUCUUUUUUAAGUGAUGUAUAAAGACAUUCAUGUAUAUUCAUAUAUGUAUGUUUUAAUCAGUUCCAAGAGGGUGUCCAGUAAUGGUUGUGUGCUGUUCGGGUUUGAAUCGGAGAGAGAGAGAGAACAACUAGGAGGGAGAGAGAGAGAAACCGUAACAGAAUGAGACUCAGAUUUUUUACUUUAAAAUGUAAGCCAAACAAAAAGCAGUGAUUUCAAAGUUAAACAACCCAUACAAUUAUAUGCACAAGGAUGACUUUUAAACUUGUAUGGCUUAACUUUGCAAUAAUGUUGUUUUGUUUUGAAUUGCAUUUUUUUUAAAUAAUUCUGUUACCAUGGAAUUGCCCAUAUGAAUCUUCCUUGAAGAGAAUGUCAGUAGGGUUUUUGCUUUACUUAACCAUUUAAAUGUCCAGAGUAGUAAAACUAUAGUUUCAUAUCAUAAUCCCACCCCAAUAACUCCCCAUCUCUUUUAGAAUGUUAAGUUACCUCCACCUGUCCCUUACCUACAACUGUAAAUAUUACUGGUGCGACGGACAAAUAAGUUAUUGAGUUCUUGAUUAUAUGAUGAUGCCGUGAAGUGUGUGUCGAUUGGACGGAAUCAGAUGUCAAUCAAGACGUUGCUAUGGCGUCAGUCUUUUAAUACUUACUUUAUAUAUCAGCGUUCCACACUCCCAAUGUGGCAUUUCUGUUCAAUAUUAGAUUUAACAGAUCAAUCAAUCCUUUAUUGAUGGAUUUAAUAACUGAAUGAAUGAGAAAUAAUUAAAAGCUGUUAAAUGAGGAAGCUGUGGUAAUGAUAAAACAGAUCUCCUUUGUGGCCUUUCUUAUGGGUAUAUAUUUUUUUAAGAAAUAUAAUCUUUUUCCUUGCAUCCAAGUAAGAUAAUCAGUAGAUGUAGGAACAGCCUCCUGGUGGGCUGUGUUCUUUAAGUACAGCACAUGGUGCCUGAGACGGAGGCCUUUUUCCUUCAUUCUAACUUACAGGAGACAGACGGAGAGACGAUACAGUGGUUAAGACUGUUACUGUUAGGAGUCUACAGCACAGUAUGUUUGUGUGGUUCUUACUGUGCCCUCUGGCCCCUGGGAGCCUCUGGGAGUUGGGGGAAGUUGCCCCUAGAUGCUGCUCUUGGGUCAGUUUUGCAUCCCCCCCACAAAUGGUUGGGAUUGUGGGAGGGGAAGCUGAUCCUAGAUCUGUACUUGGGGGAAACGUCACCCCAGAGCGUACAGUAUCUCUGAAGGAGGUUUCUCACAGUCCAGGUUUAGGAGAGGAUUUUUCUUUUUUGGAAUUCAUCCCAUAUAGCACCCUAUUCACUUUGUAGUGCACUACUUCCAACCAGGGCCCAUAGGACUCGGCUCAAAAGUAGUGCACUAUAUAGGAAAUGGGUGCAAUUUGGGAUGCACUCUGUACAUGUUGAAGCCAGGCCCAUCUCUACCAGGCCAGUACCUCCCAUGUAGACUCAUCCGGCUCAGAGAUGUCUUCUUCCAUGACUUGGGGUCAAUUCUGGAGGUACACUGAAAUUCCAAUUUUCUUCAAUGCUUUUCAAUGAGAAUUUUUUACAAUUUGGUUUACUUUCUGAAUUGACUGGAGCCCAACCCUGGACAGUAGUCUGUCUGAGAGGAGGCCAACAUCCAUCCACUCUUUGUUUUAAGAGAUGAUGUCUUUAAGGGGUUGUGUUUAUUCUUUUGUUGUUUUGUUACAUUUUUUCUACUUAUUAUAAUUGUUCUGAGAUCUUUGGUAAUGUGGGAUUGUUACUGAAAAGAAAACACUAGUUUAUGCAAAUGUGUAAAAAGAAAAAGCAAAACAUCACCAACGAAAGAAGCCUUGAAGAUGUUGUUUUUCUUUGAUUUGAUUGGCCCAUCAUGAAUCUGACAUUAAAACAGUUGAUUACA